CAUGAUAGUUGCUAAAAAGGAUGCCUAAAGUCAUAUAAAUUAUGGCCAAGGUCCAAGGGUGCACUGGACGUACAUCGGAUCCGGAUAUGAUAUAAUGGAUAUGGAUCCCCCCAACAAUUAACAACGGAAUAUUGUUCCCAACAGCCAACAGCCAAACUCUGGGGAGAGAAUCUUAGUAUUAAAAAAACGUAAAUAUAAUAGUCAAAGCAUCGGAGUAUAAAUAUACUAAAUAAACAGUAUUGCGUUGUUCCAAAGAAAUGUAAUUGACGGAUGACAGUAUUAUUAUAUCUAGGAGAUGCCACGGUUAUUGCUAAGACGUCUUUUUCUCCUCACUUUUGCUGUUGCUGUGGUGAUAUACGUAACUUUAUUACAAACGUUAAGAUGUCCUCUCAAAGAAUCUGAUCAUUUGCCUAUGGAAUCGUCCAUGGUAGAAUACCCGGCACUGGAUACUAGAGGAUAUAUGGUAUCAUUUCGUUUUUAUGAGCAACAAACUCAAGGACUACAUAAUCUGAUACAAUUUCAGUGCGUUGCUUAUUCAUAUGGCUUAAGAGUUGUGGAGCCUUUCGUAACAAAUUCAAUGUUUACCAUCCCAUUUCAAGAUUUUUUACAACAUCAACCAGAGGAGUAUCUGAAGCUAGGUGACCUAAUUGAUAUAAAAAUGCUUCAUAAGAAUACAUCUGCAACAUAUCCACCACUUUCAAGCUGGGAUAAUUUUCUGAAAGUAGCUCCAAGAAAUGUGAUCAUUAACUGUAUCCGAUACAGAAACCCACCCAUAAUACACUUGCCAAAGCCUGGUUUCAACUUUCGUACUGGAUGCACUCCCCAAUGCUACAAGAAGUUUAAUGCUACAUUAACAUUUCUGUCAAAACAUGGCUUCAAACUAGUGAGAAAAUCUUGUUCAAAUUUUGUUGAUUAUCCUGGAAGUGUUUCUGUGGACGAUUUCGGUGAAAAUAUUUUUGGGAAACACAAUCCUGCAAAUGUGACAGUUAUAAUCAAUGAAUUCCGAGGGUUGUUUGGACUUUAUCGAUUACCUCUGAGGUCACCUUGUGGACUUACCCGUGAAUCAUCUAAAAUGACCGUUUUCCCAAGCUUACGGAUAAUGAAUGAUGCCAGAGCUUAUUCUCAACAAACUUUCAAAGGACAGCUAUAUGUAGGUGUCGUUGCUAGAGUCGAGCGGAUUAUCCUGCACUUACACUAUAAAAUUGAACAAUGUGCUGCAGAAGUAAAAGGUAUCCUGAAGCGCUUAGCAACUGAGAAAGGAUUGUCAAAUGUUUUCUUAGCCCUUGAUGUGGGGAAAUUCGGGAGCCGUGGUGCAAAUCAGGCAAAUCUUUUGCCUAAAGGUAAAGUUUUGUUUGAUGCCAUCUAUGGCAAUGAAAAGUGGGCGUUUGAAGAAUGGGAACGAAGUUUUUCAGAUAUUUCUUCUAGCGACAAUGCUGCCUAUGUGGCCAAUCUUCAACGAACUCUUGUUGCGAAGGCGGAGUGCUUGAUAAUGAUUGGAGGGGGUGGUUUUCAGGGGCAGGCUCGGAACUUGUACGAAAGGUUUCAUCCCGAAACUUCUCAUCAGUGCGUGUAUAGAGUGUGUAAUUUAGAACGGACUCCCUAGAAUAGUAAGUACACUAAAGAAUUAUUGGUUUUCAUUUCAAGAAGUUGCUCCUGUAUUGUGGCCCCA